GAUGAGAAAUCUUGAGUGUUGUGAUUGUGACUUUUGAACGCAAGAUUGUGACGAAUAAACAUGACAAAGGUGUCAAUGUAUGACUUUCAAAUUUGUUUGUAAUCUAAAAUUCAAUAUAGGUUAUGAAUAUUGAAGAUCAAACUACAAAAAUUUUGUUUGGUGAUGACUAGCAUUUCAUAGUGAGUUACAAGUUUCAUGGAUGAGGUUAACAUACGGUGCUUCAACUAUAGUGAUUUUUAUUUAAAUUUCCACCUGUUGUGAAAUAAGUUCUUAAAGGUGUUUUACGUGACAUAAUGCAGGCUGAAGAUGAUUCUGACAAGUCAAGUGAUAGAAUUCAAAAACUGGGAUUCAAACCACAAAAAGAAAUAGUGUACAAUAAACUUUUGUUUUACUCUGAUUCUAUAGAUGAUGAAUCUCAGCAGAUGUUAUCCAUGAUAAAAGGCUGCAUUGGUAAAUCACUUUUACUGCAUGAAGUAAAACCAGGUUUAGGAUUCUGGAUUGUACGAUUAAACAGCUACAUCAAAUUGUAUGGAUUGAAGUUCUCCAAGGAGGAUCAUGUGGCCUUUAUCAAACUUAUCUUCAAUGCUCUCUCUAUUCCAAACCUAGAACCAGUCCUACUGGAGAGAUUCAUGAGAACGUUGAAUAUUUUGUUGAAGAAAAAAGAAGCAUUGUCCCCUGAAGACUUGACUCUACCGUGGCAGCCUUUAUAUGAACUGUUCAAGAAAAUAUAUACCGAUUCGUCUACAAAACUUGGCAUGUACAGAUAUGUCCCAUCACUGUCUUCAGCCCUUGAGAAUUUGGUGCUUCUUGCUCGUUUCUACUUUCCGGUGGAGGCCACUGGGGAAAUCUUGGACGAGGGUCGCCCAAUGCUUUGUCCGUUUGAUUUGGCGAUGACCGAGCACGCCAUCCGCUUUUUCGAGUGGUUCCUUCCGAUCGCGCUGCCUCCCGAAAAGGCCCACCAAGGCUAUAAGAUGUGGAUUGACGAAUUUCUAGAAUUCUGGGAGACCUGUAACAAUUUCCAAACUUGGGAAAGGAUAAUGAUGAGUCUGAUGGCCAGAGUAGCUCAUCACAAUAUAGGCUACAUAGACUGGGAGAAGCAAACACCUCUGAUGUUCACGAGAUUCCUGCGCAGUAUGAGUCUGCCCGUCGAGUACAAGCAAAUGAACACUCUGCCCAAGUUCUCCAAAGCUGAUGUGUCAUCUAUGUCGGUGUGGAUCGUCUCUACUUUGGGCGGAGGUAGCAGUACCCAGAUAUAUUUGGAUAAAUUUAUGAAAUCUUUGGAGUCCUACUACCAGCCAGCAAAUAUGGGUUGGUGGAUUAGCCGUUUGAAAGAUUUACUCUGCAAACUGGCUCACAAUUUCUUCCAGCGAGUUCAUAGGGAAAGAUACAAGAAGCCGACCUGGGAAACGCCUGUCCCUGCAGAGAAAAAGUUAACCGACAAAGAUAUAACCGAUUUCGUGGAAUGCAUGAAACCAGCUCUGAUGACAGCCAUGUUCUCGAAAUGGGGAUUCAACGACAUAGGCUUGGCCAUGAAAAAUAUGGCCAGUCUCAGGCCAGAACUCAUUAUACCUCCUAUCAUUGAAGCAAUGUACCAGUCAGUGGACUCGCUGACAGAGCCGCACAAGUACACGGCGGCAAUGCAUUGUACAGCCUCGGUGGCGCGGCCUCUGCUCGAGGGCUGGAAGUGGUACCCCGAGGGUCCCACUCACAUCAUCCCCCUGCUGUACGCCUCCCUGCCGGGCAUCGACCCCAAUGACGUCACCAAGUGCUUCAAGACCUUCUACUUCAUCUCGUCGUUCGCCUCCUGCAUCAACUUCGUCGACUGCUCACAGGCGGCGCUGUAUUGGAACGAUCUCACGCCGGAGGAGGAGAUAGUGUGCAGUGCGACUGCGCAGAUGGAGGACUUUGUGGUGCAGCUGCUGGACAGGUGCCUGUGCUUCAUCGAGAGCAGCGCAUUCGAGGCGACUCGGCUGGAGCAGCAGCAGGACUCGGACAAGCGCAACCGACUCGACAGCCUCACAGAGUCAGCCAUUGCAUCGGCUGUAAUCAGCAUACUCAACCAGUGCUCGCCAAACAUUUUCGCCGUAGCCCUGCAGAAAUUAGUUACCUAUGUUGAAAGUCACAUCUUGGAGACCAAUGUAUCUGGUCGCUAUCUAGCUACUCUAUGCUCAGUAUUUGGAAAAGUGAAUCCAGAGAAAACGUUGAAAUCUCUGGUGCCUUACUUGUGUGAAACCAUUCUUACCAUUAUUGGAACAGAAGAAAUCCACAAGGACGAGCUAGUGGACAAGGAGCUUCUCUACAACCUCGUCAUUCUCUCUGAGCUGGCUUGCUGUCCUAAGAUUGUACAUUAUUUGCCGCAGAUAGAAAAGGUUCUCGAUAAGAUUUUAUACGUUCCAAGUAAAGAGCUGUACAUUCCAGCUUGCAAUCUGCUCGGCCAUUUGUUCAUGUCACUUUCAUCUGUCAGUAUUGUGGACUAUAGCAUCUCUAGUAAAGGUACAUCAGAUGAUAUCUCACAAGUUCUCCCAAUUCGUGAAUGGGGAAAAUCGGGGGAUGUGAACAAUUUGAAUAUGGAAUGGAACUAUCCGGGAGAUGAGGAAUUGAAAGAAGCUCAACGGCUGCUGAUCAAGUAUCUAAUACCUGAAUUGGAAAGAAUCAACAAACAUGUCUCUGAUGAGACCUCAUUAACCAGGGACGAACUUCACCGUACCCUACAAACAAUUUUGGAAGUGUUUGAGUGUGAUAGAUUUCUUCCAAGUAUCACUGGGAAAAAGAGAGACAUGAUUCACAGUUUUAUUGAAAUGGCUGAUUUAAAAGUGAGCCUGGGUGAAAAUGGUUUUAUCACAAUGCCGGAUGGUUCAAACGUAAAGGAAGCUAUAGCUAGAACUAUCAAAUGUCUCCAAGACAAGCUAAUGACUAAUGCUGAAGAUGACACUAAGUCUCUCUUCUAUGUUAUUGAUAUUUUCGAAGCGCUGAUCAUGAACUGCAACAAGUCGCAGAAGAUGUUCGACGCGCACUGGAAGAACUUCCAGCUGUCGAAGAAGUACUUGGGCACGCACCUGAAGGGCAACAAGAAGCACCAGCGGCCCGUGUUGAUUGACCGAGUCAAGUUGCAACACAUCAAGCGCUCCUUUGUCUCCCGCCUCCCGCUCACCGAGCUGCAUUGCUCCAUUUUCCACUGCUUGCUCACGCUGUCUGUCAGUCGCUACAGUGAGGUUCGAUCAAAAGCGCAGAGUAAACUGAUUAAUGCCAUGGACUCUUAUCCGUAUUCCUACAAACUGGUCGUGCCAAAACUAAUAGAAAAUCUUCACAUUGACCCAUUAGAAGAGCAUGAGCGGUUCAAAGGUUCACUAUAUUUAGUGUGUGGCAUGAAGAACAAUCACUGCUCUUUUCCGAUUCUGACGAAACUGGAUUGGGAGCACCUGAGCACUCUGUGGCCUGUACUCGUGACAAUGAAGCCCUCAGAGAAGCCAUCUGUCAUCAGAAUGAUUGAAAAUAUCUACGAAAUUGUGCACAAACACUUCCCAACUGCUACUAUUUCUUUGGAGGUUCCAAAGACUUGUGUCACGGUUGCUGAUCAGUUGUGGACGACUGUUCCCAAGCCCAAAAUAGAACUUCCUUCCACUGAGGAAAUAGAACGAGCUCUCGACUUCUCCAAACAGAAAAACGAGGAUAACAAAAAGCAUUACCUAAAGCUCGUUACCUCGCUUAGCAAAGCUGUAGGCGAUAAAAAUUUGCACUGGAGGAAUCACACGCUAGCGUUGAGCAUGCUUAGAGACCUCGUGCACAACGAGAUCAGUUAUCCAACGGAUGUGGUUGGCAGUUUUCUACACAGCCUCAUCAACGAUGCUUUGGACUUGAGGAAGAUUGCAAUAAGAUGCACGACAUUUGCUCUGAAGCAGAUGAAGAGGCCACAUUUGAAAGAGGAUAUUCUAACUGAUAGUCCGGAAUUUAUGGGCUCUUCGGGAGACAAGAAGGUGAUGUUUGGAGACAGGGCGGACAAUGCGUGGCUGCAUUUCAACAGUGCUAAUAAGCCCAAGUCGGAAAAAGACUGGGAUGAGAUGCGCUACCAGCACAAACUCCACAUUGGCUACUACAGUUGGCCCAAAGUACUUCAUUCAUACGCUCCUGCUUCCAAGCAACCUCCACUAGACAGGUCCUAUGAGAGUUUAUCAGAAUCUGAGAAGGAGGUCUAUGAUUUCUUCUCGAGCUCGGCCAAUGUUGAUAAGCUAAUACUUUUCCUGUCGAUGGAAGAAAAGAAGGGAAAAGACAAAUUCAAUGGAUUUCAUUUCAGCUUGUUCAAGAGUCUGUUCAGGAAUCAUGGCGACCAAUUUCUGGUGAAUUUCAAGCCGCACCUGGAGAGGCUGGUGCAAGACAAGCACGAGAGCAGCCAACGCUGUGUGGCAGAAAUUAUAGCUGGUCUAGUACGAGGAUCAAAACAUUGGCCUUACAAAAAGGUCGAGGAACUGGAGAAUUAUUUGGUUCCUCUAAUUAGGCAAGCUCUGAACAAUAUGACAGAGGAGACCGUCAAUGAUUGGGGAGUUUGCUUUGCUACCUGCUCGAAAAAUAGAGAUCCCAACAGACAACAAUGGAUGUUCGAAGUUCUCAUAGAAGACCCUCUUAGGAAUGAAUCCUCAUUAAUUGGCUGCGGGCGACUAUACGCUUUGUUGGGGGCACUAAAUCAGAAUGUAUGGAGAGUGCCGGAAAUAUCCCAUCGCCUGCUGGACUACAUCCGGCCUCACCUGAUGCACUCAUUCCAGAAUGUCAGAGAUCGGAUAGGAAGUAUUUUGGCUACGAUUUUCGAGUCUGAUCUGCGCACGUCCAGUGACAUUUGCCGAACCACAUCACCUACGGUCAGAGACUUUGUCAGUUAUGUGCUUCCCCAACUCAAUAUUCUCUGCAACUUCUCUCCUGAGGACAAUUCCAAUUACGAAGCAAUGGAAGUUGACUGUGAUAAUGAAGAUGAAAACACUGAAGUCGAAGAAGCUGCCAUUCGUCUUUUUAAAACUGUGAUGAGAUGGGUGAUAGGCAGUCUGUCUCGAGGUAAGAUGAGCAGUCUGGCGGACUACUGGCAGCUGUUGCCUCUGGUCUGCCUGAUGGAGAACGACGAGACGGAUGACGAACUGUAUCAGGUGUGCAAACAUUACCUGGCCGCGCUGUCGCAGUCGCUCGUGCCACGUCAUCACAUGUCCAGUGCUGUCGAUGCCAUCUCCAAGGUAUCGACAUCCAAAUCGUGGUCUGUGCGGAAAACCUGUCUUCAGUUUAUGCAAGUCUUCAUUUUCCACAAUAUGGCUACUUUGGCCAGUAAUGAUUGCUGGGUUUCAGAGAUUAAAACAAUAGUGCUGAGCCUAUUGAACGAUGAACGCAUUGAGGUGCGAGAAACGGCCAGUCAAGUGUUGUCCGGCCUCAUCCAUUGUGACUUCAUCUCAGUUGAUGCUCAACAACAACUUUUGACUGACUUUGGCAAGCGAUGCAGGACGAAGGUGGAGAAGAAAGCCGUGACUAAGAACGGGUGGUUGGCAGGAAGGCAUGCAGCUGUGCUAGGCUUGUGUGCCUUUAUCAACGCAAGUCCCUAUGAUGUGCCUCAGCAGGUGCCUGCCAUCUUUCAACAGCUCGGCCAACAUCUUAACGAUCCUCAACCGAUUCCGUCCACCAUCCGAAAAACACUUGGCGACUUCAAGAGAACGCAUCACGACAAUUGGUCGCAGCAUAAAUUGAAGUUCACAGAGGAACAGCUGUGCGUUCUCACAGAUCUCAAUGUGCCUCCGUCCUACUAUGCCUGAAUUUGCUACUGUGCUCAAACCUUCAUUUAUUAGUUUUUUAUUAGAUGUGUGCUACUCCAGUUUUAUUUUAUGUGGACCUUCGAAUGUUUUUUAUCUGCUUAGCAGUUUGAGUGUGAUCGGAUUUCAAACGGAAUGUUCAAAUAUAUUUUAAAUGCAUAUCUAAAUCUUUAAUUCCAUUGAAAAUUCAGCAUGACGUUUUAUAGAACAGUACAUUAUUCUGUUCAUGUUCAUGCAUUGAAGAUUAUCAGAUGAAACAAAAAUGAUUUAAUAUAGUUAGUACUCGUGAUUAUUCAUGGACUUUCAUCUAUGGUUGAUUUUGA